CUCGACUCGUCAUGGCGUCAUCACCCGGUUUCAACAACGCCCAACUCGCUGCGCCACGGCGCCAUGUGGCGCUGGCUCUUGGGGUUCAAGGUCUGCGGUGGUGAUUCCGCGACGGAGCUCAGGCAGGAGGAGGGCGAGGCGUUACGCCAUGGCUUGGACUGCGCCUUCACCGAGGACCGGGUGGAUUGGCCCCGAAUCUUGGGAGCCCUUCACGACGUGUCGCUGAACUAUUCCCAUUCCUCGGUCAUGAUCACUGCAGGCCAGUUGUACGCCCAGCUGGAGGGCGACCGUGAACGAGACCCUGCUGCCGAUGGGUGCUGGAUUGGGGUCUUCACGGUGAAGUUGGUGGUGGUGUUGCUGACCUUGCACCAUGAGAAGAUCUUUCUGGAAGGUGUCCAUGACGACCGCCUCCAAGCAGGCUUUCAGCAUCUGAAGGACGUGUCCCUGGUGCAUUUGCUCCGAUCUCCCUUUGCGUUCAGCCUCUUGCAGGCACUGAGCGCUUAUAGUCAGAGUGCUCGCGAGGCCUGCCCACUUCUGCAGGGGCCACCGGGUGCCAAUGAUGUACCGGACUCUUUGAUCUCGACCCACUGGGCCACCUUGCGCUGCAUGCGUUUCAGAGGUGGUUCUCUGGCCUCCUGGCAGCUGUCCGCCACAGCCACAUCCUCCUCACCUUGGUGUGCACUACAGGAGCCUCGUCCUCCUGCUGUACCGCCCAGCAUGCUCUUGCGUACAGAGCAAGAGGAGGCCGAGAUCAAGCAGCUGCUGAUCCCUCUUUGGGAGGCCUUGCAGGAGGACUUGCCGCGAGGGCGGCCCUCAGGGCGCUUGGUCCAGGCAGCUGGCGCUUACUUCCAACAGGAGCGCUUCUCUUGUGCAGAGGUCGAAGCUGCAGCUGCUUUGGUGAUUGCCUGGGCAAAGUUGAUUCCAGCAGACCAGGCAGUGAUGGCCGUGGACGAGUCGCUGCGAUCCUUGCGGUUUCCCCAGGCGGUCUUCACCAGGUGGCCCAUUUGGGAGCUCAUGGGACGCUUGUCCCCCGCGCCGCGAGGAUGGAGCAGCACCAAAGGCUUCAGGGCCAACCUUUGCUUGAGCUUUGAGCCCUGUAAGAGGACAGUGGCCUUCUACAAGAAGCGCCGGCGGACGCUGGAGCACUUGGACUGUCCAGCGCCCUCGCGGAUGCGCUUCACCUACCGCUCUGGUGUGCUCCGCUUGGAGAACAGCUUGAUGGAGCUUGCGGAGGAGUCCGACGGUCUGCUUUUGCUCCCAGAGUUGAGGCUCUUCGACCUCUCCAAAUCUCUGCAGAGGGUUCUGCCCCAGGAGUUCCACCAUGCAAAGAGGUUCAUCGAGCAGCGCAUCGUCACGCCGAAAGACCUUCCACUGAAGUUGGGAUGGGAUGGGGUGCAAAUCAACAGCCGGGAGCACCAACGUCGCCAUGGCGACACUUUCUUGGAGCCCAGCCGCUUGGGAAAGAGGCGGCAGACAAGGAACCACGCAGGCGCCUCGGUCUAUUUUUUGGUGCUCGAGAGCACCUCCCGGGCGGCCUUCGAGGCACUUUGUCCAAGAACCAUGGCCUUUCUCCGUCGGCAACACGCGAAGCCUCGGCCUGUACACUUCGCUCCUAAGGGUGUACAAGAAGGGCGGACCUUUCGAGUCGCAGAUCUAACGCUCCUGCACUCCCUUUUCUCCGGCACGGCUGCCAACAUGCUGGCCGCCCUCAGUGGUUUUAGUUACGAUGACCAGAGAGACUCUGAUCGACGAGCCUCCUGGCAGUGCCAAACGGUGUUGGCCGGAGUGCCCGAGGAGCGGCUCAUCUGGAGAAUCGCCCAAAGACAUGGCUACCGCACCUUGUUCGGCUCCACGGCGUGCAACGGUUUGUUGGGGACUCGUUAUUGCUUGCAUCACUUGAAGCAGUUUGACCGUGUGGUGCCAUCCCUGGAGGUCGACCCAAACUGCUACAGCCAAAAUGAAUGGCACCAGCUCCUAACUGACAGGAAUGGAAACCGUGGUUGUGUCGGAGAGAAGCGGCCACACCAGCAUGUGCUGGACUACGCCCUCCGGUUUCAGGAGAUCCACGCGGACGUUCCAAUCUUCGCCUACUUGCACUUGGAGACCACCCAUGAAAGUCAAGAUGCAUUGCAGCUGCUGGACCAAGCGCUCGUGGAGCACCUUGAAGGGCUUGCCAGGCUUCCGCUGGAGGCGCAGCCUGUGGUGGUCUUGGCGGGUGAUCAUGGCCCCGCCACCCAAUGUGACGAGAGCUUUCCUCUGGUCACCGUGUUAAUGCCCGAAGUGCGCUUUCCCGACGAGGGCUGCAGAGGCGGAAGCAGCAACUGUGGCCUUCCGAAGCUCCCAGAGAAUAUCUCCAGGAGUUUAAGGCGCCACUACCAGGACCAUGGGAAGGCUUGGAGAUCCUACUGGUGGAAUCUCGAGUACAAUCGCUUUCUGAUCACUUCAUGGUACGACCUGUAUGCCACCUUUUGGCAUCUCAUCAGCGGUGAGAAUCCCAAAGGAGAGGCGCAAAAUCGUUUCCAACCUGAUACCCCAGACCAGUGGGCGCAGUCACUCCUGGUGAAAGGCUCCAAAGAGAGGACCUGCACACAAGCGGGCGUACCCUUGUGGCACUGUACCUGCGCACGCAGCUGGGAAGGUUGGUGUCCUUUAGCCCAUCGUGGGCAAGAGGAGGUGUCAAAACGAGCUUUAGCAGAGGCGCAGCGCACGAUGGAGGCGGCGGCGCGGAAGCUGCGCAUCGACAGCUCCAUGUGUCGUCCGCAGACGCCGCUCGGUGGAGCCGGCGAUGGGGGAGUCGGCGUGGCGGACGGCUGUGGAGUCGGGCCAUGGGGAGAUGGAGCGAGGUUCUUGGUGCAUUUUCCAGAAUGCUGCUUAUAGAUUUGUGAUUUGUUCUCUUGAACUUUGUUCCUUUUUUUGGGGGGUGGCUUCAAGACAGGACCUUUUUGACAACAGGAUUCUUAUAUAUUCUUAUAAUAUUAUUGUCAUUCAAGGGAGGUGUGAUGCCUUUGAGACAGACCUUGACAUGAUAGGAGUUGUACCUGUUUGUGGUGGGAGAUUGCCAUGUGCUCGCCGAGUUUUCAAAGGAAGUGAUUGCUGCGGCAGCAUGUGACGUGCCGCUGCAGGCCAUGGACUUCAAAGACAUUUCUUGGGCCAAUGAAUUCCGAGUGGUACGGGCUUGCGAGUCACUUGUGGUGACUUGCAGCCCCUCACGAACAAGGAGACGGAUGAUUUUUCUGCUGAGGUCUAUCCAGCCAGCCUUUUCAUACAUAUCUUAGAUGUAACGACUCCGGCAACCCCUGGAAAGGAGAUGGAUGUUCUGGAAGAGACUUGUCGCUGGCUGCGCUAUUUCAGCAUUUGUAGCCUCGUGAGAAAGAGGAUACAUCCAGGGCGGUUUUGCUUGCUGCUGGAAUUUAGCUGCGAAGCGUUUGAAGCAGGUCAUCAUUUCCAAGAAGCAUCAAGUACAUCAUGAUGUGUCAUAGCAAGUGACCUUGAAGCCUCUACAGCAGAGGAUUUUUUUGAACACGUCUCACUUGCUGCGGCCAUACAUUUGUCGAAGAUUGUUGAUGGCCACAUUUGGAGUCACUGCCUGAACCAAAGAUUAGCAUGCUCGAGACACAGAGUCCGUCGGUCUUGGGCCUUUUCGCCAAGUUGCUGGGUACCUGGUGCCGCUCAAGCGAAGAUAGCUUAGCUUUGAUUGCUCCUGGUGGUAAUUAGAUGUAAUGUGUGUUUUAAUAUGUUCUAAUACAUUGGCAAGCCUGAAUUUCAUCCCCAGGUGUGUGAACUCCAGUUUGUGUCAGGCAUCUCAGGCAUCUCUUGUAGAAGGAACCUUGGCAUGAUACACUUCAGUUUUAUCAGUGCGGUUUCACCAGGUAUGGAUGUGGAAUUGGAGCUGUCUCUAUUCCUUUUUUGCAGAGUUGCCUGAAGACAAGAACAAAAGAUAAGAAACGAUGAUGUCAAAAAACGGGACACGGGAAAGGGAGGGCGGAAGAAGAAGAAACAAUUGGUUUCUCGCACAACGGACUGAGUUAUAACAGUUAGACACCUUCUUGAUGUCCCGCCAACAAACUCUACAGAAGGACAACUCAGCUUUCCCAGCAUCCCAAAACUUUUGCGGAGAAACGCGCCACGGUUCCGUCGGUGCUGUUGGUCACUCCAAGUCUCGGACUGCCCGUCUUCAGGGGCUGCCACAGUCGAGGUACAAAGAGGUGCCUGCUUAUCCAACAGAGGUUGAGAGACCAUAUAGGACGCUGUAGUGGUACAUAUGGGAUGGGCGAAAAAGGGCUGUUCAACCUCUCUAGGUAUCCAUGCACUGCCCACUGAAAACCACCCGCUCGAAUUGUGACUCCUGAUGAGAGGUUUUACGGUCGCGACCCGUUGAUCAUCGGGUCUGGGGCUGGACCUGGGUGCAUGUGGCUGGACCUGGGCUUCUAUGAUUCUGUUUCGAACCCACGGUGAUUUCCAACUGUUGAGACAAGCCCAUCAGUCCAUCUUUGGGACGAUGCAGGUUCUGGUCGGCUCACAUCUCGGCGACAUAUGGCACUUUGAGACUCUUCCAACCCCUCCAACCUCCAACGCGAAGUGGCGACCCCAGGCUCGACCGCAUGCUGAGCUGCGAAUCACAGCUGGACAGCAUGCUCCAUGUGCAGGAUGGGCUACGCGAGAUGGCCGGCGAGGCACUUGGCCUGAUGCGCUUCCGCCUCCUCACGUCGGAGGGCAUGGAAUUUCAG